AUGGCGCACGAUAACAUGGCUCACGACACUAUGGCGGACAUGCAGUCCCCUACAACGGUAGUGGACCCGCAUCCAAACGGCCGAUCCAUCCAUGGCCACUCCCGACGGUCCCUCAACGGCUUCUCCGAGACGCCUACCAUGGUCGGGCCGACCCUCGAGAGGCAAGACUCCGAGGAGAGCCUCAAGAAAAACAAAAUGGUCUCCGCGGAGGUCUUGCCUGUUGCCAACUCGUGGAACUUCUCCAACGAGCGCAAGAUUGCUCUUAUGAUUCUAGUCGCAGCCACUCAUUGUAUACAAUUUAUUCCAUUCGCGCUGGGCCUGAAUGUUGCCGUACCUAUCGCUAUAUUCUUCGGGUUACCAGGACCUCCGGGCGGUCCUUGGAUUGCUGCCGCAUACCCACUAAUGCACGUAAUAUCACUAUUACCCGGAACCCGCCUCGGAGAAAUCUGGGGCCAUCGCAACGUCUUCCUCCUCGGCGCACUCAUCUGGAUCGCGUUCCACAUCCACUCAGGCUUCGCCGACGAUUACAUCUCCGUCGUCGUCCUUCGUGCCCUAUCCGGCAUUGGCUCAGGCUUGAUCGAGGGCAACUGUGUGGCCAUCCUCAACCUCGUCUUCCCUCCCAGUCUGUGGAAGAAGACCGCUUUCGUGAUCUACGGCUGUGCCGCUGCCACCGGCGCGACCGCCGGCGGUGUGCUGGUCGGUAUUCCUGCCCAACUCGCCAUCUGGAGAUGGUCAUUUUGGCUUCUCGCCUGCCUCGGUGGUGCUUCAUUCUUCCUAUCGUGGCUCGUCAUGCCACAAGACAAGCGCCGUGAGCCGCAUGGCCACUUCGAUUACGUCGGCACGUAUUUCUAUGUCGCAGGGCUAUUCCUGUACGAUUUUGUUCUCAACCAAGCGCCCGCCGUGGGUUGGAAAACGGUCUACAUCUAUGUGAUUCUCAUCAUUGCCGCCCUCCAUGUUGCCGCCUUCUGGUUCUGGGAGACCAGAUACGCCAUACAGCCUCUCAUGCCCUUGAGCAUCUGGAAGAACAAGUGUUACCCACCGCUCAUCGCCGUCAUGUUCCUUGCGCACAUGGCCCUGGGUAUCUUCCUGUGGCACCUGUCACUGUUUGGCAACUCCGUUCGCGGUUACGGCGCCAUUGCUACUGGCGCCCAGCUCGUACCGACCGCAGUCAUGGGCUGCUGCGUCACGAUCCUCGCAGGUAUCCUCGUCUCUCGCCUCGGCGCGAAGUGGAUCUUCCAUAUGGGUCUCACUUCCGGUAUCGUGUCGCUGAUCAUCUUCGCCACCAUGCCGGCCGAGCAAACCUACUGGGCCCAGGCGUUCGUCUCUGCGAUAUGCAUGGGCAUGAACGCCGACUUGGUGCACACGACGGGCCAGAUUGUCGUCUUCCUGGCCGUACCGUUCAACCCCGAGGAACCCCGCGCGCAAGGCGUAGCCGCCGUCCUGAUCGACAUGUUCCAAAACCUGGGCUUUUUGACAGGCCUUGGAAUAGCGGGAACCAUCGAGUCCUACACCAACGACGGUGGUGCCCAUCUCCUGACGGGGUUCCGCAACACAGCGUACUUUGCUAUCGGCCUCCUCGUCCUUGCAGGAGGCAUCAACAUGGUCUUUGUCAACAUUCCGCCUCUCGGUCCACCGCCCUCCGCGGAUCCAGAGAAGGCGGGGAAGCAGUUGUCUGAUGGGAUGUAG